CCUACAGACUGGACUGUUGGGGUAAUCAAACCUCUUUUCAAGGGAAAGGGUUCUCCCGAUGAUCCUGACAAUUACAGAGGGAUUACCCUCCUUAGUUGCAUAGGGAAACUGUUUACAGCUGUGAUAAAUCACAGACUUACACUAUAUAUUGAAGGACAAGGUCUUAUUGGCGAUGAGCAGGCUGGAUUCAGGGCAAACCACUCCACAAUUGAUCACAUAUUUGUUCUCAAGUCCAUCAUAGAGUUAUAUUCAUUUCACCACAAGCGUUUGUAUUGUGCUUUCAUUGACUACAAAAAAGCUUUCGAUCUAGUGAAUAGGGCAAUGCUUUGGAGGAAGCUUAUUUCCAAUGGCAUAAAUGGUAAGAUAUUAAGGGUCAUUUAUAACAUGUAUGCCAAUGCCAAGUCAUGUAUACAAGAAGGGUCUAGUGUCUCUGAUUUAUUCACUUGCAAUAUUGGUGUAAGGCAAGGCGAAAAUCUCUCACCACUUUUAUUUGCACUGUACCUAAAUGAUUUUGAAUUAACGAUCUCCAAAAAGUUCAAGGGUCUAGAAUUUCUCAGCAACGAAAUCAAAGAGGCUUUGAGCGAUGAUGACGUGGAGUACUUUAUGAGGAUAUUUUGCCUGCUUUAUGCUGAUGACACGAUAGUCCUUGCUGAAACUCCAAUAGAAUUACAAGCUGCCUUAGAUGCUGUUCAUAGUUACUGCCAGGACUGGCAACUGACCGUAAAUACUGCAAAAACGAAAGUUGUAAUUUUCUCAAGAGGUAGAGUUAAAAAAGCACACACUUUCUGCUUUGGUAAUGAACCACUUGAAGUGGUACGUGAAUAUACAUACUUAGGGACAGUCUUCUCAUCCAAUGGCUCCAUGAAAGCUGCCGUACUAAAACAAGUAGCACAAGCUAAUAGAGCCCUCUUCAAACUCUGCUCAAUAAUAUCAUCGCUUAACUUGCGUAUCGACACAUGUUGGGAACUUUUUGAUAAGAUGGUUGUACCUGUUUUACUAUAUGGCUGUGAAGUCUGGGGAUUAAGCCAUAUACAGUACAUAGAAAACUUUCACAAAAAGUUUAUGAAGCACCUGUUAAAAAUAAGCAAGUACUCAGCCAAUUGCAUGGCUUAUGGUGAAUUGGGCAGAACUACACUAGAAGUAGUUAUAAAAAAACGAGUCAUUGGCUUCUGGAUCAGACUAAUAAAUGGCGAUAAGCACAAGCUUUCCUACAUUAUGAUGCAGCUUCAGAUUGAUAAGCUCCAAAACUCAAACUUCAAGCCUCAGUGGGUGUCCAGCGUAAAAGACAUUCUUGAUACUUCCGGACUUGGGAAUUAUUGGCUUAAUGCUCCUGGCAAGAAUGAAGGAGCAUUAAUGGUCAUUGAAACACGCCUUACGGAUAUGUUUAGGCAGUCAUGGUCAGAUUCUGUACAAUCAAACUCACUAUGCCUUAAUUACAGAAUGUUUAAAGAUGUACUUCAUGCUGAACCUUAUUUGACACUCCUUGAUACAAAGGAUCGAGUCACCAUAACCAGAUUCCGUUGUGGAAACCAUAACCUACCAAUAACAGGGAGCAGAAGGCAGCACAAUGCUAUCCUGAACAAAUGCUCACUCUGUAAGCAUAACGCACCGGGUGACGAAUUCCAUUACAUUUUAGAAUGUCCAGCAUUUAAAAUACAACGUACAUCCUUACUGCCAUCAUAUUACUGGAAACGCCCAGAUGCAAACAAAUUCAAACACCUUUUCUCGUCUGAUAACAAGAAGCUGUUGUAUCAGCUGUCCAGAUUCAUCCGGCACAUAAAUGCAUCCUUUCAGUGACUAUUCCAGUGAGUGAGUGACUACUUGAGUGAGUGACUACUUUACUGACUACUCCUUGACUAUUUCUUUUCUGACUAUUUUUAUUUUCUUGACUAUUUUGUUUCUGACCCUCUCCUUGCCUUCCCUCCCUCCCAUAAAAUGCAAUACACGUUGUCCAUUUCAACUUUACAUGUAGUCCAUCUUGCAGUUAAUCCAUGGCCCAUCUCAGAGUCUCAGGAAGCGCACCUUUAAUUACUUAAAAAUGUCCUGUAACUGUGUAUAUGCUAAAUGUGUAUGUGUAAAUAUUGAACCACGGUCACUUUGUGCAAGAUGUAAAUGUGGCACGAUGCUCGUCACGAGGUUCGCCAUCUCACUAUGCGUUGCUGAUCACAAGGCGUGCGAUGCUCGGUUAUUGUGUUCGUUUAUGUGUGUAUGUGUGUUCAUGUGUAUGAUCUUCCCAUACCCCAGAUGGGGUCGCGGAAAUAAAUUUGAA